ACGAUGGGAGGCUGCGCGACCCCCUCUUGUCCCUUCAUCUAGAGCGCAGUACAGGAGCUGUGGCGUCCCCAGCAUCACCGCGCCCAACCGCUAGGUCUCCGCCCUGCAUCCUCCGCAGGGUUGGGAGGAGGAGGCGAGGGGUGGGGACCCGAGAGCCCAGGGAGUGUCAAGGAGGCCCAGCGACGCUGCUGGCUGUCGAGGGCGGGGUCGCUUCGUCCAGCAUCCCAGGAACAGACUGCGCGCGGGCCUUGCCGGCGCUCCAGUGGCGACUGUUGAAUUUCCAAUCCUGCCCGGUGCUCUGGCUGGGCUGCGCUAGCGUGCGUAUCCGUGGCUGGUAGUUGCCCGCACUCUGAGCAACAAGAUUUCAAAGAAAGAAGCAAAGCAAGAAAGAAGACUGGGGAGAGAGGAAGAUCAGACUCCGCAGGUGCACGCACCGGGUGGGCAUGAUCCGUGGGGCCAGGUCUCAGGCCUCUUGGUUAAGGAGCUAAAGGGGAAAUAAAACAUACAGGAUGAAAAGAUGGCGUUGCUGCCUCCUCCAGGACCUCAGAGCUUUGUCCACUUCACGAAACAGUCUCUUGCCCUCAUUGAGCAACGCAUUUCUGAAGAAAAGGCCAAGGGACACAAGGAUGAAAAGAAAGAAGAUGAUGAAGAAGGUCCCAAGCCCAGUAGCGACUUGGAAGCUGGUAAGCAGCUGCCCUUCAUCUAUGGAGACAUUCCCCCUGGAAUGGUGUCGGAGCCCCUGGAGGACCUGGACCCCUACUAUGCAGACAAAAAAACAUUUAUAGUAUUGAACAAAGGCAAAGCAAUCUUCCGUUUCAACGCCACGCCUGCUCUGUACAUGCUGUCCCCCUUCAGUCCUCUAAGAAGAAUAUCUAUUAAGAUUUUAGUGCAUUCCUUAUUCAGCAUGCUAAUCAUGUGCACAAUUCUGACGAACUGCAUAUUCAUGACCAUGAGCAACCCUCCAGAAUGGACCAAAAAUGUAGAAUAUACUUUCACUGGGAUAUAUACUUUUGAAUCACUCAUAAAAAUCCUUGCAAGAGGCUUUUGUGUGGGAGAAUUCACCUUCCUCCGCGACCCUUGGAACUGGCUGGAUUUUGUUGUCAUUGUUUUUGCGUAUUUAACAGAAUUUGUAAACCUAGGCAAUGUUUCAGCUCUUCGAACUUUCAGAGUCUUGAGAGCUUUGAAAACUAUUUCUGUAAUCCCAGGUCUGAAGACCAUCGUGGGGGCCCUGAUCCAGUCUGUGAAGAAGCUGUCUGACGUCAUGAUCCUCACUGUGUUCUGUCUCAGCGUGUUUGCUCUCAUAGGACUGCAGCUGUUCAUGGGCAACCUGAAACAAAAGUGUCUCAGGGAGGAAUUUGAGCAGAAUGAAACGUUAAAAAGCAUCUUGAAUACCGUUGAAGAUGAAGAAGAACUGAAGAAAUAUUUUUAUUACUUGGAGGGAUCCAAAGAUGCUCUCCUUUGUGGCUUCAGCACAGAUUCAGGUCAGUGUCCAGAGGGGUAUGCAUGUGUGAAAGUUGGCCGAAACCCUGAUUAUGGCUACACAAGCUUUGACACUUUCAGCUGGGCCUUCUUGGCCUUGUUUCGGCUAAUGACUCAGGACUACUGGGAGAACCUUUACCAACAGACUCUGCGCGCUGCUGGCAAAACCUACAUGAUUUUCUUUGUCGUGGUGAUUUUUCUGGGCUCCUUUUACCUAAUAAACUUGAUCUUGGCUGUGGUAGCCAUGGCGUACGAGGAACAGAACCAGGCUAACAUCGAAGAAGCUAAACAGAAAGAGUUAGAAUUUCAGCAGAUGUUAGACCGGCUCAAAAAAGAGCAGGAAGAAGCAGAGGCUAUCGCUGCAGCGGCGGCUGAGUACACAAGCAUUGGGAGGAGCAGGAUUAUGGGUCUCUCAGAGAGUUCUUCGGAAACCUCCAGGCUGAGCUCAAAGAGUGCCAAGGAGAGAAGAAACCGCAGAAAGAAGAAGAACCAGAAGAAGAUCUCCAGUGGAGAGGAAAAGGGUGAUGAUGAGAAACUGUCCAAGUCAGAAUCAGAGGAAAGCAUCCGAAGGAAAAGCUUCCUUCUUGGCGUGGAAGGACACCACCGCACCCGGGAGAAGAGGCUGUCCACCCCCAACCAGUCACCGCUCAGCAUUCGAGGCUCCUUGUUUUCUGCUAGACGCAGCAGCAGAACUAGUCUCUUCAGUUUUAAGGGACGAGGAAGAGAUCUGGGAUCUGAGACCGAAUUCGCUGACGACGAGCACAGCAUUUUUGGAGACAACGAGAGCAGAAGGGGUUCACUCUUUGUGCCCCACAGACCCCGGGAGCGUCGCAGCAGUAACAUCAGCCAGGCCAGUAGGUCCCCCCCGGUGCUGCCGGUGAACGGGAAGAGGCACAGUGCGGUGGACUGCAAUGGCGUCGUGUCGCUUGUUGAUGGACCCUCGGCCCUUAUGCUCCCCAAUGGACAGCUUCUUCCAGAGGUGAUAAUAGAUAAGGCAACUUCCGAUGACAGUGGAACAACUAAUCAAAUGCGCAAAAAGAGACUCUCCAGUUCUUACUUUCUGUCUGAGGACAUGCUGAACGACCCACAUCUCAGGCAAAGAGCAAUGAGCAGAGCAAGCAUUCUAACCAACACUGUAGAAGAACUUGAAGAGUCUAGACAAAAAUGUCCACCGUGGUGGUACAGAUUUGCUCACACAUUUUUAAUCUGGAAUUGCUCUCCGUAUUGGAUAAAAUUCAAAAAGUUCAUCUAUUUUAUUGUAAUGGAUCCUUUUGUAGAUCUCGCAAUUACCAUUUGCAUAGUGUUAAACACGUUGUUCAUGGCGAUGGAGCACCACCCAAUGACUGAUGAAUUCAAAAAUGUCCUUGCAGUGGGUAACCUGGUCUUUACUGGGAUCUUCGCAGCUGAAAUGGUGCUGAAGUUAAUAGCCAUGGAUCCCUAUGAGUAUUUCCAAGUAGGGUGGAAUAUUUUUGACAGCCUAAUUGUGACGUUGAGUUUGGUAGAGCUUUUCCUAGCAGAUGUGGAAGGAUUAUCAGUCCUGCGGUCAUUCAGAUUGCUGCGAGUCUUCAAGUUGGCAAAGUCCUGGCCCACGCUGAACAUGCUCAUUAAGAUCAUCGGCAACUCGGUGGGCGCCCUGGGCAACCUGACCCUGGUGCUGGCCAUCAUCGUCUUCAUCUUUGCCGUGGUCGGCAUGCAGCUGUUCGGGAAGAGCUACAAGGAGUGCGUCUGCAAAAUCAAUGACGACUGCACGCUCCCGCGCUGGCACAUGAACGACUUCUUCCACUCCUUCCUGAUCGUGUUCCGCGUGCUGUGCGGAGAGUGGAUAGAGACCAUGUGGGAUUGUAUGGAGGUCGCCGGCCAGACCAUGUGUCUUAUUGUCUACAUGAUGGUCAUGGUGAUUGGAAACCUCGUGGUCCUGAACCUGUUUCUGGCUUUAUUGUUGAGCUCAUUUAGUUCUGACAAUCUUACAGCAAUUGAAGAAGACACGGAUGCAAACAACCUCCAGAUCGCAGUGGCCAGAAUUAAAAGGGGGAUAAACUAUGUGAAACAGACCCUACGCGAAUUUGUUCUAAAAUUAUUCUCCAAAAAGCCAAAGGGUUCCAAGAACACGAAACAAGCUGCAGAUGUGAACAGGAAAGAAAACUAUAUCUCAAACCGUACGCUUGCUGAGAUGAGCAAAGAUCACAAUUUCCACAGAGAAAAGGACAAAAUAAGCGGUUUUGGGAGCAGUAUAGACAAAAGCUUUAUGGAUGAAAAUGAUUACCAGUCCUUUAUUCAUAAUCCCAGCCUCACAGUGACAGUGCCAAUUGCACCUGGGGAAUCUGAUUUGGAAAAUAUGAACACCGAAGAACUUAGCAGUGACUCAGAUAGUGACUACAGCAAAGAGAGACGGCACCGAUCGAGUUCCUCUGAGUGCAGCACGGUUGACAACCCUAUCCCAGGAGAAGAAGAAGCGGAAGCUGAGCCUGUCAACUCAGAUGAGCCUGAAGCGUGUUUUACAGAUGGUUGUGUGAGGAGAUUUCCGUGCUGCCAAGUUAAUGUAGAGUCUGGGAGAGGGAAAGUCUGGUGGACCAUCAGGAAGACAUGUUACCGGAUAGUUGAACACAGCUGGUUCGAAAGCUUCAUUGUUCUCAUGAUCUUGCUCAGCAGCGGAGCUCUGGCUUUUGAAGAUAUAUAUAUUGAAAAGAAAAAGACCAUUAAGGUUAUUUUGGAGUACGCUGACAAGAUCUUCACCUACAUCUUCAUUCUGGAGAUGCUUCUGAAAUGGGUGGCUUAUGGGUAUAAAACAUACUUCACCAAUGCCUGGUGCUGGCUAGACUUUCUAAUUGUUGAUGUAUCUCUGGUUACUUUAGUAGCCAACACCCUUGGUUAUUCAGAUCUUGGUCCCAUUAAAUCCCUACGGACACUGAGAGCUCUAAGACCCCUAAGAGCUUUGUCUAGAUUUGAAGGAAUGAGGGUAGUGGUCAACGCACUCAUAGGAGCAAUCCCUUCCAUCAUGAAUGUGCUUCUCGUGUGUCUUAUAUUCUGGCUAAUAUUUAGCAUCAUGGGAGUCAACCUGUUUGCUGGCAAGUUCUAUGAGUGUGUUAACACAACAGAUGGGGCAAGGUUCUCUGCAUCUCACGUUGUGAACCGUUCUGAGUGUUAUGCCCUUAUGAACGUCAGUGGAAAUGUGCGGUGGAAAAACCUGAAAGUGAACUUUGAUAAUGUUGGGCUUGGUUACCUGUCACUGCUUCAAGUUGCAACAUUCAAGGGAUGGAUGGAUAUUAUGUAUGCAGCAGUUGAUUCUGUUAAUGUAAAUCAGCAGCCAAAAUACGAAUACAACCUCUACAUGUAUAUUUAUUUUGUCAUCUUUAUCAUCUUUGGCUCAUUCUUCACUUUGAACUUGUUCAUUGGUGUUAUCAUAGAUAAUUUCAACCAACAGAAAAAGAAGCUUGGAGGUCAAGACAUUUUUAUGACAGAAGAGCAGAAAAAAUACUAUAAUGCCAUGAAGAAGCUGGGGUCCAAGAAACCGCAAAAACCAAUUCCUAGGCCAGGGAACAAGUUUCAAGGAUGCAUAUUUGACUUAGUGACCAACCAAGCUUUUGAUAUCACCAUCAUGGUUCUUAUAUGUCUCAACAUGGUAACCAUGAUGGUAGAAAAAGAGGACCAAAGUAAGUACAUGACUAAUGUCUUAUACUGGAUCAACGUGGUCUUCAUUAUCCUCUUCACUGGGGAGUGCGUGCUGAAGCUGAUCUCCCUCAGACAUUACUACUUCACUGUUGGAUGGAACAUUUUUGACUUUGUGGUGGUGAUCCUCUCCAUUGUAGGAAUGUUUCUUGCCGAGAUGAUAGAGAAGUAUUUUGUGUCCCCUACCCUGUUCCGAGUCAUCCGCCUGGCCAGGAUUGGCCGAAUCCUACGCCUCAUCAAAGGCGCCAAGGGGAUCCGCACGCUGCUCUUUGCUCUGAUGAUGUCCCUUCCUGCUCUGUUCAACAUCGGCCUCCUGCUUUUCCUGGUCAUGUUCAUCUACGCCAUCUUUGGGAUGUCCAACUUUGCCUAUGUUAAAAAGGAAGCUGGAAUUAACGACAUGUUCAACUUUGAGACCUUUGGCAACAGCAUGAUCUGCCUCUUCCAAAUCACCACCUCUGCAGGCUGGGAUGGACUGCUGGCCCCCAUCCUCAACAGUGCGCCCCCUGACUGUGACCCAAAAAAAGUUCACCCAGGAAGUUCUGUAGAAGGGGACUGUGGAAACCCAUCAGUGGGGAUUUUCUACUUUGUCAGCUACAUCAUCAUAUCCUUCCUGGUUGUGGUGAACAUGUACAUUGCCGUCAUCCUGGAGAACUUCAGCGUUGCCACUGAAGAAAGCACUGAGCCCCUGAGCGAGGACGACUUUGAGAUGUUCUACGAGGUCUGGGAGAAGUUCGACCCGGAUGCCACUCAGUUCAUAGAGUUCUGCAAACUCUCUGACUUCGCAGCUGCCCUGGAUCCUCCCCUCCUCAUCGCCAAGCCAAACAAAGUCCAGCUCAUCGCCAUGGAUCUGCCCAUGGUGAGUGGAGACCGCAUCCACUGCCUGGACAUCUUAUUUGCUUUUACAAAGCGGGUCUUGGGUGAGAGUGGAGAGAUGGAUUCUCUUCGUUCACAGAUGGAAGAAAGGUUUAUGUCUGCAAACCCUUCCAAAGUGUCCUAUGAACCCAUCACAACCACACUAAAGCGAAAACAAGAGGAUGUGUCUGCGACUAUCAUCCAGCGGGCUUACAGACGGUACCGCCUUCGGCAGAACGUCAAGAUUAUAUCAAGUAUAUACAUAAAAGAUGGAGACAGGGAUGAUGACUUGCCCAAUAAAGAAGAUAUAGCUUAUGAUAAUGUUAUCGAGAACUCGAGUCCAGAAAAGACAGAUGCAACUGCCUCUACCGUCUCUCCACCUUCCUAUGACAGUGUCACAAAGCCAGGUCAAGAGAAAUACGAAACAGACAAAACAGAAAAGGAAGACAAAGGGAAAGAUGGGAAAGAAAGCGGGAAAUAGGGCUUUGUUUUGAUAUACUGUUUACAGCCUGCGAAGGUGACUCACUUGUGUUAAUAAGACUCUUUCGUGGAGGUCCAUGCCAAAGUCUUUUUACCAAAAUAUUCUCCAAGGCACCAGAGCCACUAGCUCUGAUGCAAUGAGACAGAGGGCGGCAUUGACCCAUGGCUAUUUUUGCAUUGGUAAAAGAUUCUAUAAGAACUGUGAGUGUAUCCCGUAGGGAAUAAUCAUCGCUGCAAUCAAGGGUGACUUAAUCAUGUAACAAAUCAGAAAACCGUGUCCAACAUUUUCUCCUUUGCCUCCAUGUCUUUUCUCUAGAUUCUAAUGAAACGUGUACCACAUGUAAAUAUAGAAAUUUGAGUAGACACACAUACACGCACACAGACACAGUCACAAACAGGAUUAGCGAUGAGUUAGAACUCAACGCAACUUGCCUUUGGUUUGCAAUGAAAUUCCUUGUAAAAGUCAUGGUAAUUGGUAAUGAAGGUUUUGUCAAAAGACCUUAAUAUUGGGGAGUCCAAUAUUAUGGGAAUCUUUACCCAUAGAGAGUUGUUUAUAUUUUUGAGGUGCUGAAACUUAUCCUACAUUGCAUCAAAAGCAAUUUAUAUGUAUCUAUAAAAUGUCAUGGGAUUGAGAACGUAUGUAGGACACUUAUUUAAGAAAUCUCUUUCAUUUACAUAGAUUAUCGUUCACCUUGAUUUAUGGACAUCAUUAAAACUUUUCCUUCACAUGAUUCUCCCACAUCAGUUGCUCAUGGAACUUCAGACACACAUCACUGGGAACAGCCAGUGUGACUUUCCCAUGUCCUACUUUGUAAGUACAGUAACCACAGGCCUUGAAAAAUGGUUUGAGAUGUAAACAUCACGUUUCUCAAUAUAAAAACAUGAAUAUUAUUGACAGAAAAAUUAAUUUACAGGGUUUUAUUUACUCAUAUUUAUUCAGUCCGGCUCCCCACCCAGACAGCUAAUGACUCAAAUGUUAAUGCCAGUUGCCACAUGUAUCUUCUUAGGCAGUUUCGGUUUGUCCUACUUUAUCUCUAAGCAAAUUUAACGUUCCUUUUAAUGAAAUAUACCCUGAAAUGCAAUUAGAUACUUGAUACCUUAGCACUUGUUUGAGCAGAUGACUGGAGUACAGUGUAUACUGCAUCUCGUAAACACAAUCCUUAAUGUGUCUGGCAGCUUCCCAAGUUACAACGAACACCAGGCUUUUAAUACCUGCUCACCAGGUGUUGAGUAUGAAUGAGACGGCAUUCAAAGAGUGAGUCUCCUCAGCUUGCUUUGUUGCGACUAACUUUCCCCGUCAUAGAAUUAAUCCUUUGCACCUCUAUUAUUUCCCCUGUAAAUAACAAAGAAGUCACUUCCUCCUUAAUUCUCUUAGUUUUCUUCUAUGGCGUGAAAUAUAUUUUUGCACUGAUCAGUAAAAUAGGCCUUAUUAGGAUAUUGAUAGACUUAUCAUUUUGAGAGCAUGUUCAUUUUGAGCUAGUUGUAAUUGCCCUACCUAGGAUUAGAAAUCUACUUCACAUUUUUAAAGCACUUGUUAAAAUGAGUGGGCCUGACACAUUCUCUCAUAAUUUUUAUUCUGACAAUGUGAAAUCUUUCUUCCAACACAUUAUUCUUGCAGAGAAAAAAAAAUGAGCUGUGUAAGUACAAACAGGUUUUAUUUAGACGAAUCUGAGGGAAAGUUUGAAGUAAAUAUGUAAGACAUACUUCAGUUUUCUUUUGAAAUUCAAAAGUAACACAAAAUAUUGAGAUAUUAAGUAAAUAAAACACAUGCUUUAUUUCUUGCUCAAUUGAAAAGAAAGGCUUAAAUAUCCCUAGAGAAAUGAAGAAACAUAGAUAGAAAAUAAGAAAUGAAGAGAGGAAGAAAAGAAGAAACAAAGGUAUAAGAAGGAGAAAAACAGAUAAUCAUUCAGAACUUGUUCAAAAUGUUUCCACACUAUGGUGUAUUGUCCAGUGUCCAAUUGGAGGAGUCUCAUUCCACACAUGUGUCCUAAGGGACAUAAGAAAUUAAGUGUAAGACAAAAGGUUCUUUACAUUUACAUUUCAUUAUUAACAGUUUGGGAAGCUAGCAUUUAAUUUCUAUGGAAGAAGCCAAGCAGUGCUCAGCUAGACAAUAUAUAGCAUUGUGUAUCUGUUAAGAAGCUAAAAUAGGUUUGGAAAAUUCAAUUAGGGAGCCAAACAAAACUUUCCAUUUGUAACAACUUUUAAUACAUUCAAUUAAGAAAGCAGUUUUACAUUAUUUUGAACUCCUAAAAAUAAAACUAUAUUGCCCAUUUUUAUGGCUAUAUUGGUAUGGAUUAUUUGUAAUUUAUAAUUACUAUUUCUACAAUGACUAAUUUUUAUGUAAAUUUAAAAUAAGUUGACAGCUGGUUCCUCAACAUCUUUUUUUUAGCAUUGCAAAAAUUAACUGAUAUAAAGUUUCUCUUUUUUCUACUUCAUGUGGAACAUAUUUCAUUCUGAACUAUAUAUUUUAAUGUGAUAUUAAGUUUUAUACAUACAUGUGUUUAUCUUCAAAUUCAUUACUUAUGACAUUGUAUCAGUUAAAAAUGGUAUUUGACACUACAAUAGCAUUUAGGAAAAUCUUAAAGCAAGCUUACAUCAUUUUUUUUAUGUUGGUUAGUAUUUGUACUACCUAUAAAAGGUCACCCAAUAGAAAUUAUUAGUCACAUAGUCACUGCGAUUCUCUUACCUAUUGAUGUAGAAUGGUGACUACCCAGAAAUAUAAAUUAACAUUAAAUAGUAGAAAGCAUAUGUGAACACAAAUCCAUGCACAUGAUUUGGGUGAAAACAGGAAAAAUCUCAUUUUACUGUUCUGCCUCUUUUCACUGUGUAAAAAGUAUAAAAGGAUCUGUGGGCUAUUUCUAAAUUUAAAUUGUCAUAAUUUGCAAUCAUAAAUGUGUAGCACGACUUUGUAGAAUUUUGAUAGUUUUAUAAAAAAAUUAAAAAAUAAAUGCAUAUGUAAAUACAGCAGCCCAUUCUAGCAAAUUUAUCAAAUGUUAAUGGAAGUAAUGAAAGCAGGGACAGCUAAGCAAGGAUGGUCAGUAAUUGAUUUGGAUUUAGAACUUGUAUUUGGAGCGAUCAAUUUUCUUAUAUGUUUUCACUAUGUUAUUAGUUUUCUGAGGAAAACAAUAAAGAAUUGCUCCCAGAAUAAUAAGUAGCCAUGAAUGUAUGGAUGCUGUUUACAAAAUCCAUAGACCCAUAAAUGGUCAAAAUGUUUGAGUGUGUCAAAAAAAUUAUAUUGUAGUUAUACUUGAGACUGUUUAAAAGCUGUUAAAUAGAAUCUAAAAUAAAAGUCAUCAACAAUAAGAUUUUUAUCGUGUUUAUUUUGUGGCUCACUGAGAAUAGCACUUUUAGGUGUAAAUUCAUUCCAUCUCUAAUAAUAGUUGGCAUUUUCCCUUU